CCCAAGGCAUGCCGGGAGUUGUAGUUUCUGAGUUGCGCCCGUCAGGCGGUCCGGACGCCUGAGAGCAGAGAGUGGAAGUCGCACGUGCAGCCAUGGUCUCGGCUCGUGCGUUGCUCUGGGCCAUCUGUGUGCUACGCGUGGCACUAGCCACUGUGUACUUCCAGGAGGAGUUUCUAGACGGAGAGCGCUGGAGGAACCGCUGGGUGCAGUCCACCAAUGACUCCCAGUUUGGGCACUUCAGAGUCUCAUCGGGGAAGUUCUAUGGGCAUAAAGAGAAAGACAAAGGCCUGCAGACUACCCAAAACAGCCGAUUCUAUGCCAUCUCUGCGAGCUUCAAGCCAUUCAGCAACAAAGGGAAGACCCUGGUAAUCCAGUACACGGUGAAGCAUGAGCAGAAGAUGGACUGCGGUGGUGGUUACAUCAAGGUGUUCCCGUCUGACCUGGACCAGAAGAAGAUGAACGGAAAAUCUCAGUACUACAUCAUGUUUGGACCUGAUAUUUGUGGAUUUGAUAUCAAGAAAAUUCAUGUUAUCUUAUAUUUCAAGAAUCAAUAUCAUGAAAACAAGAAGCCAAUCAGAUGCAAGGUGGAUGGCUUCACGCAUCUCUACACCCUGAUCUUAAGACCAGAUCUUUCUUACGAGGUAAAAGUCGAUGGCCAGUCCAUUGAGUCUGGCAGCAUUGAGUAUGACUGGAACCUGACAUCGCUGAAGAAAACGGAAAAGACAUCACUGGAGUCUAGGGACUGGGAUCAGAUGGAAGGCAGCAAAGCCCAGGAUUGGGAAAAGCACUUUCUGGAUGCGGGUGCCAGCAAGCCGAGUGACUGGAACAGUGAGCUGGAUGGGGACUGGCUGCAGAAGCCACCAUAUGAGGAUGGCCUGAAAGCUGAGGGCAUCGACAAGGACGUGUGGCUCCACCAGAAGAUGAGACCUGCUGGCUACCUGACGCAGUACGACCUCUCAGAGUUUGAGAACAUUGGCGCCAUUGGUCUAGAGCUGUGGCAGGUGAGAUCUGGAACCAUCUUUGAUAACUUCCUGAUCACAGAUGAUGAAGAAUAUGCAGAGAAGUUUGGCAAGGCCACCUGGGGAGAAACUAAGGGUCCAGAAAAGGAGAUGGAUGCCAUACAGGCCAAGGAAGAAGUGAAAAAAGCCCGUGAAGAAGAUGAGGAGGAUCUGCUGAUGGGGAAGUUUCACAGGCACAACCAUUUCAGCAGAUUCCACAGGCAGGGCGAACUAUAGUCAUCCUCACUCUGCAUGCUGAGUGGCCCAGCUGCAACUCUACUUUAAUAAUACACAUUGGAAUGAUCACAUCUGCAUGGUCAUUUGUCCAGUUUCUGAAAAACAAUCCCCUGUUUGUGUUAGGGUCCCCCGGGUCUUCUAUAGACCCCUAUGACCCCAGGGUCUGCAAUAAGAAGUUUCUGUUAGCCGGGCGUGGUGGCGCACGCCUUUAAUCCCAGCACUCGGGAGGCAGAGGCAGGU